AUGCCACCUUCCUCGGACGGUAACCUCUCGAUGCCAAUGGAAGACCUCGGUCGUAGGGCCAAGGUACACGACGUCAAGAAGCGGCUAGAAAUGACUGUUGAGAAGUCAACAGAGGCCAGGGCGCUCCUGGAGGAAACAUAUUGCAGCAACGAUCUGAAGUUCUUGUCAAGUCCGGAUCAACCAGAUGACCCACAAACUUUGCCAGUCCCUUCAACAACGCCAGCCGCGUGGCUCUGGCAAUGCAAGACGACGGGACCUAGAAUCGCCAGCAUUGGGCAUUUGCCCAUUGUUGCUGACUGGGCACCCAACCCCUCUGAUGCUCAUGCACGCACCGAGAGCACUCGAGCCGAACUCUUCGAUGGCGACCAUCCCGAGAGGUUGCUACCAUCAGUGGGAUAA